AGCUGCGGGGGGGCGGCCGGUGCCUCCGGGUGCGGUGGUCCGCGCCCUGAGUGUGAGCGCACCUUUCCCCUAGGCAAGAAGUGCCGUUGCUGUGACGCAUGAGCCUGUCGCCUUAAAAAGUGUGUAAUUACUGGUACAGAAACGAACUGCUCGAUUCCAGACGCGCAUAGAGAACUCGCAGCGGUUCUGCUGAAGUUCUUACCUGCUUGGAACUGCACUUGCUUGCUGAUCCAGUGAGAUCUUGCCCUAGCUGUGAGAUGAGUACUGAAGCAGAACAGCAGCUUCUCCAUGAUGCUAGAAAUGGAAAUGUUGAAGAGGUUAAACAGCUGUUGGAUACCAUGGACAAAGGAGAAAUAAGAUUUGAUAUCAACUGUAAAGGCAGAAGUAAAUCUAAUAUGGGUUGGACACCUCUUCACCUUGCUUGCUACUUUGGACAUGCUGUUGUGGUAGAGGAUUUGCUGAAGGCUGGUGCAGAUGUGAAUGUGCUGAAUGACAUGGGGGACACUCCACUCCAUCGUGCAGCUUUCACAGGACGUAAGGAGGUGGUGAUGUUACUCUUGCAGCAUAAUGCUGAUACUUCUAUUGUUAAUGGGAGUGGAGAGACUGCCAAAGAAGUUACUCAUGAUAAAGACAUAAGGAAUAUGUUGGAAGCAGUGGAAAGGACACAAGAAAGGAAACUGGAAGAAGAACUUUUAGGAGCAGCAAGAGAGGGGGAAACAGGGAAACUGACUGCCUUGUUGAACAAGCCCAAACCACCUGAUAUCAACUGUACAGAUCAGAUGGGGAACACACCGUUGCAUUGUGCAGCAUACCGUGCCCAUAAGCACUGUGCAUUGAAACUUCUAAAAAAUGGAGCAGAUCCUAAAAUAAGAAACAAAAAUGAUCAGACGCCCCUUGAUCUAGCCCAAGGUGCCGAAAUGAAACUGAUACUGGGAGGUAAAACUGGAAAGGUUAUCAACAAACCCCUGAGACGAUACGAAGGUCUCCUAUGGAAGAGCUCACGAUUUUUUGGUUGGAAACUCUACUGGAUAGUUCUAGAACAUGGAGUCCUUUCGUGGUAUCGGAGACAAGCUGAUGCAGUGAAUAAUGAUCAUCGCCAGGGAUGCAAGCAUCUAACACAAGCUGUCUGCACGGUAAAAUCUACAGACAGCUGCUUCUUUUCUGUCAGAUGUUUUGAUGACACUGUUCAUCGUUUCAAAAUUCCUACAAAUAGCCUUCCCUCUCAAACGAGAGAGAGUUGGCUGGAAGCAAUAGAAGACCACUCUGCAUAUAGCACUCAUUACUGCACACAGGAGCAGUUGAGUAGUGAUGAUGAGGAGGGUGAUACAGUAUCUGUUACAGACCUACAAGAUACUCUGAAAAAAGCACAAGCAUGCCAACAAAGACUCAGUAAAGAGAUUUCAGACUUCCUUGCAAUGGUUAAAUCUUUGGAUGCUACAAAAGGAAUAUCUUCUCCCCUCCUGCAAAAAGUUGAUGUUGUCUCUGAAGUAUCCCAGGAAACAUGUGAGGCCCUGGCUGACUGCCUCAACCUAUUUACAAAGCAAGAAGGGGUGAGGAAUUUGAAACUGGAGCAUGAGCAGGAGAAAAACAAGAUCUUGUCAGAAGCAUUAGAGACACUAGCUACCGAACACCAUGAACUAGAGCAGUCACUGGUUAAGGGAUCUCCGCCUCUCAGCAUCAUCAGUGAAGAGCAAUUCUAUGAUGCUGUUUCAGAUUCAGAAUCUGAAAAAUCAUUAAGUGGGUUUGAAACAACAGCAGCCUACUCAUUAGAGGACAGCAUGGAUUCAAAAGAUACAAUAACUUCAAGCGUGUCUGAAGAAAAGGUUUGUGGCAGUGGGGAGUCACUGUCUAAUGGAAUCAAAAAACACAGAACAAGCUUGCCAUCUCCGAUGUUUUCCAGAAAUGACUUCAGUAUCUGGAGUAUCUUAAGAAAAUGCAUUGGAAUGGAGUUGUCAAAGAUCACAAUGCCGGUUAUAUUCAAUGAGCCACUGAGCUUUCUGCAGCGACUUACAGAGUACAUGGAGCAUACAUACCUCAUCCACAAAGCCAGCUCACUUUCCAGCACAACUGAGCGAAUGCAGUGUGUUGCUGCAUUUGCUGUGUCUGCUGUAGCCUCACAGUGGGAACGUACAGGGAAGCCGUUCAACCCGUUGCUUGGAGAGACAUAUGAAUUGAUCAGAGAUGAUCUUGGAUUUAGACUUCUCUCAGAGCAAGUUAGCCAUCAUCCACCAAUCAGUGCUUUCUAUGCUGAAGGUUUAAAUAAUGAUUUUGUGUUUCAUGGAUCAAUUUAUCCUAAACUCAAAUUCUGGGGCAAGAGUGUGGAAGCAGAACCAAAAGGCACAAUGACUUUGGAGCUUCUUGAACACAGUGAAGCCUACACAUGGACAAAUCCUACGUGCUGUGUGCAUAACAUUAUUGUGGGCAAACUUUGGAUUGAGCAGUAUGGAAACGUGGAAAUAACUAACCAUAAAACUGGUGAAAAAUGUGUACUGAGCUUCAAGCCCUGUGGCCUCUUUGGGAAGGAGUUGCACAAAGUUGAAGGCUACAUUCAGGAUAAAAGCAAAAAGAAACUCUGUGCGCUGUAUGGGAAGUGGACUGAAUGUUUGUACAGUGUUGACCCAGCUACAUUUGAAGCUUACAAAAAAAAUGACAAGAAAAGUGCAGAAGAGAAGAAAAGCAGUAAACAGAUGGGCAAUACUGAGGAACCAGAUGAGAUGCCUUUGCCAGAUUCUGAGAGUGUGUAUGUUAUUCCUGGAAGUAUUUUGCUAUGGAAGAUAACUCCAAGACCUCCAAAUUCAGCACAGAUGUAUAAUUUUACUAGCUUUGCUAUGGCUUUGAAUGAGUUGGACAAAGAAAUGGAGAGUGUAAUUCCCAAAACUGACUGCCGGCUACGACCAGAUAUCAGAGCCAUGGAAAAUGGAGAAAUAGAUCUAGCUAGUGAAGAAAAGAAGAGGCUAGAAGAAAAACAAAGGACCGCCCGCAAAAAUCGUUCAAAGUCAGAGGAAGACUGGAAGACGAGGACCCCUGCUGAGCCAAGGACAGGUGUACCAGUCAGAUGCCCCUGGCUGCCCAAUUGCCUUAAAAGACAGCCACACGAAGCACGCAGAUGCUACCCAUCUUCGUACCAACUCCUCAAAUGCCUCUAUGGGAACAAGCAAAGGAUUCCAACCUAUCUUACAGGAAUCAGUUGAAUAUGAUUAUUGGUAUGAAAAAAGCAGAAAGCUGUAAUCUGUAGCAAUCCAACUCAUCUUAUUUUAUGAUACUACUACCUACACAAAGUUAGAACAAUACCUCUGCUAGUGUACCAAUCUUGGAAUGUUUCAAAUGGAACUGUGCUCUUUCUUACAAAACAAUCAUCUUUACUGAUAGUCACAUUGCCACUUUAUGAUCAAGCUUUAUUAAAAGGAUAUCGUGCAAAAAAUAUAUCUAAACAUUAAAGCCACAGCACACCUGAUAACUCUUGUUUUACAAAUGAGAGCACAGCCAAGUAGACUUGACAGUCUGCUACAAUUAUUUGUCUUUGUAGACGAUCUAUCAUGGAUAGAGUGGAUUUUCGUCCAUCAACCUGUUUGGAAUAUACAAACAGAGAACACAGAAAAAUGUUAACAAAAAUAAUACAGAAUACUAGUCUAAAUCUGACAACUUAAAAAAAUCCAAAAUUAACUGCAAGUGGUAGUAUUGCUACUAAAUUGACUCAGCAUUUUGAAGUGCAAAACUAUGCUAAAAUUUCUUUGACAGGUCAUCAAGUAACAUCCUACUAAAUAAACAGGGAAAUCUUACACAUACACUAUCAACUAUUUUUCUUAAGAUUCUACAAAUACUCAGAACAGAUUUAAAUUUCAUUUAAUUACUACUAAACACAUCAGACAUACAACUAAAAGAUGUUAGAUAGGAAGAGCCCAGGCAGGGGUAUAUGAAAAGCGUCACGGAAAAUACAGUGCCUCUUUUCACCAAGUAAACUAAAUAUUGAAGAGAAAUGGCUUCUUUUUCUGCUGUAGAUCUGCUAUGUCACACUAGGCAUGUCACUCACUGGACAUUUCUAUACUACUACUUUAACUAGUUCUCAAUCUGCAUGCUUUAUUCUUCCUUCAUUAUUUAGAAUGAAACACCUAAAACAGGAAGGAAAAUUCCCUAGGAAUGCCUGGCACACAGCACUAUGCAGCCUCAACAUCACAACUUUUAAUUCAUACAUGCUCUCAUAAUAUUCAAAGUUAGCUUGAAUUAGAGAGGCUACAAGCUUCCUGAAAUAAUUUUAGUAGAUCACUAAUUUGAGGCCUUAAGAAAAUAAUUACCAACAUCAAUACAACCUGCUGCUUUAGCAGAGGAAUUACCUGACUCUUGAGUAUUUUAUAAUUAGGAAUUCCAACAAGAACAUUUGACUUAAUUUCUAAACUUAUUAUUAAUCUCAACUGCUCUUCACAUAUGAAAAAUCACCUAUUCAAAACACAAAGGUGACAGAAAGGAAGUUUCCAGAAAUAUAUCAAAUAUACAAUUCCAUAUUUUACAAAUAAUAUUCUUACAUUCUUUUUAAUUUUAUUCUUGAUUGUUUCUAUAACUCCAGCUUCUUCACUUUCACAAAGUUUCUCUGUAGCCUUUAAGUCAUCACACGCCAGCUGCAUCUUCUCUUCUUCAAAUGUCAUCAUGGCAUUC